AUGUUCGUUCAAAACAACAAUAUCCAAUUCCCCACCACCAGUUUUACUCAACACCAUAGGAUUGAAUCCUCAAGACCUCUUCUAUUCCGAGGAAAUGCCGAAUCGCAACAGCGUGAUUCCGAUGAUGACGAAGGACAGAAGCAGAAGCAGAAUGCAACUUCUUCUGUACCAUCACCGGCUCUCACACUUACCACUCUUGUAGCGGUUUUUGGCUCUUACGUUUUCGGAACCGCUGUCGGGUAUUCGUCCCCUACUCAAUCUAGAAUCAUGAUUGACCUCAAUCUCGGUGUUGCACAGUUUUCGAUUUUCGGUUCAAUUUUGACAAUUGGAGCCAUGAUUGGUGCUAUUGUUAGUGGUACAAUAGCAGAUUACGCUGGUCGACGGAUUGCUAUGGGAUUCUCACAGCUAUUCUGUAUUUUGGGAUGGCUUGCCAUAACAAUCGCAGAGGAUGCUUGGUGGCUUUACAUUGGAAGAGUGUUGGUAGGAUCUGGGAUUGGCCUGCUAUCUUAUGUGGUACCAGUUUAUAUAGCAGAAAUAACACCAAAGAAUCUUAGAGGCCGAUUCACUGCACUUCAUCAGUUAAUGAUUAGCUGUGGGAUGUCAUUAACUUAUCUUAUUGGAGCAUUUGUACAUUGGCGGAUUUUGGCUCUAAUAGGAGUUGUUCCUUGUCUUAUACAGCUUCUCGGUCUUCCCUUUAUCCCGGAUUCUCCUAGGUGGCUGGCAAAGGUCGGCCGCUGGAAGGAGAGUGAUUCUUCUUUACAGCGCCUUAGAGGAAAAAAUGUUGAUGUUUAUAAAGAGGCCAAUGAAAUCAGAGAUUAUACCGACACCCUUCAGCAACAAACAGAGGCUAGCAUUAUUGGCUUAUUUCAAUUGCAAUAUUUGAAGUCACUUACAGUAGGACUCGGCUUGAUGAUACUACAACAGUUUGGAGGGAUUAAUAGCAUUGUUUUCUACGCAAAUUCUAUAUUUACCUCUGCUGGGUUCUCGGAGAGUAUAGGAACAAUAGCAAUGGUUGCUGUUAAGAUUCCAAUGACAAUUUUAGGAGUAUUUUUGCUGGAUAAAUCUGGAAGGCGACCACUUUUACUGUUGUCUGCAGUGGGAACUUGCUUAGGAUGCUUCCUCGUAGCCCUGUCAUUCUUCUUGCAGGACAUACAUAAAUGGAAGGAAGUCAGUCCUAUUCUGGCGCUUGUUGGUGUACUGAUCUAUGUCGGAUUUUUCUCGCUAGGCAUGGGGGCAAUUCCAUGGGUUAUAAUGUCUGAGAUAUUUCCUAUUAACGUGAAAGGCUCUGCUGGAAGCUUAGUAACAUUGGUUAACUGGUUGUGUUCUUGGAUUGUAUCAUAUGCUUUUAACUUCCUCAUGACUUGGAGUUCAACAGGAACUUUUCUUGGAUUUGCAGUUGUAUGCGGCUUCAAUGUUAUAUUCAUAGCAAAAGUAGUUCCUGAAACCAAAGGACGUACACUAGAAGAAAUUCAAGCUUCUUUGAAUUCAAAUUCAACAAAGAGAUGA